AUGUUUCUCUUUUCUGUUUCUUUUUUUAGCGCAGCAAUAAGAGGGAUUGAUAACCUCAGUGAAGAAGAAAGCUUACGGGCAGAAAAAUCGUCUUUUAAACCGAUGGAUGAAUGCCCCAACAAACGAGCAUCUGAUGACCAUUCAAUGUAUCAAAAAAUUUUUACUGAAUGGAUGAAUUACAAAAAUUCAUCACAUUAUUUACCAAUACUGCCAGUGUACCCAACUAUUCUUCCAAUCUUCAAUACUGUUAGUAAAAGAAAAUUUUUUUUUUGCACCAAAUUUGUUCGUAUUCCUGCAACAUUACCAUUCGUCAGAUGUCUGUGUAGUCGAUUUUAUGUGAACAACAAAAUAAGUUUCCAAUGUGCAGAAGAGCAUUACGAUAUUCGGGUAUUAGAAUUUGACGACAACUGUGAUCAGUAUACAGCCAAAUGGCAUCGUCUUGCAAUUGGAUGUGCUCCAGUAAUUUCCGUAAUCGGCGACGAUUCGUUGGAAUAUUUUAUCAUUAAAUCAAUAAAAAUUCUAGUUAAUUUAGCAGUCAAAAACAAGAGCAAAAAGAAUCUGUGA